CUCACACCAUUACCGUCUUCCCUUCCGCUCCUUUCGCUUCCAGCGAUUCUGAUACAUCCACCGAUGCACCGAUAUCAUGCUCAAUCUCUGUGUCUAUCUCUUCUCGCCCUUCGAAGGUGUCUGAGCCUACCCAAUCUGACGCCAGAGGUGGAAUGCAGAGCAUGGACCGCGAUGGUUGAGAUUGGUAUGCUUGUGAUAGAUAGGGGCUUCAGCCAAAAUAAUGACCAUUUCUGGGCGAGGGGCAUCGAAAUUGAGGUUGAGAAGGCUGCGAGUAAGGCAGUGAGUAUUCAUUCUACUGCUCACCCAACCCUUCGAUUGUAUCGGCCUCACGUAACUUGUUUAACAGCUCGACUGCUGUAUUGGCAACACAAGUCCAAAUUUGCGCUUACUCUUCUUCGACGCCUACGGAUUUCCUUUCUGCCCUCUGAUCCACCUCACGCGACUUACGCCGCUCAUCUUACUCUCAUUUCGCUUCUUGCGACAUCGAACGCCUCUUCCACAAUAUCCAGUUCCAAGGACAUGAAGGCACCAUUAUCUGUUGUACACGCCCUGGCAGACCUCGCCGAUAAGAAUCGGCACUUUGGCGUCAAAUCAUUUGCUCUCGUGCUGACACUGAGGACACUGGUGUCGUUGAGGUUGUGGGAAAGCGUCGAUGAUUCUUUGCGCUUAGUAGAGGAGGCUCUAGGGAUAGAGUGUCCAUCUGGUCAGGUAUGUGGAGAAGGAGCUCGCCCGGUAGCCGCAGGAAACCAGGGCCUAUGGCCGGUUUACAGAAGCAACCAUCCACCCCCCACUCAACCACUGCCAAAAUUUGCUGACAAGUUGGCCGCAGUUAUGGCUAUCCAUACCUUGAUUAUUGGCGUGGUCUUCCACACCUUUGUCGGCAACUUUGCGAGAGCAAGUGCGCGUCUGACGUUCCUUCACAUGCUUAUGGACUCUGGAGCCCUGAUAGCUCCAAGUAGCGGAGUCGUCGAAAUCACCUUUUCAGACCCGCCCUUUCUCCCUCUCUACUCAUCCAAACGACACAUCCACGUAUCCUUUUCAUUCUUGCGUAUCUCGUCAACGCUAUCUCAAUGAAGGGACCCUGUCGGCCGAAAGCCGAGGCGAAAAAUCUUCGCUAUCCAGGAAGGUUUGGCGGUGUGGAAGAGAGAGAUGCACAGGGAGCUUGUUCUUCCUCCCUGGGUGAGCGUGGACUAUGUGGAGCAGGUGGACCUGACAAUGAACCGGCUCAAGUGCGAUUUGUUAUGCUAGCUUGUCUCUGUUCAUACCAUGUGAUCUGAAAUUCCGUUCGCCGAAAAGCGCCUGGCUGCUUUGACGGCGCAU